AAGCCGCUUCCUUCCCCAACGCCAGCGCCAGUUCCUCUCCCGGAGGGGCCCGGGAAGGGCAGCGAACGCUCGACACUGGAAGCGCCGCGGCGGCGGCGGCAAGACCAUGGCCGAGCCCCGGGGGCCCGCGAGCCCGGGGCCCAAGGCCUCCCUCGCCGCCACCGCGCUGAGCCCGCGGAGCGCCCUGCAGCCCCGCCCCUGGAGAGUGGACGCCGGCACCCUGGGCAGGUACCGGGGCCACACCGCCGCCUCCCGGGACCCCCUCCUCCACGGCUCGCUGAUGCUCUCGGGAGCGGGCUCGGGCCGCCGGCGGGGAGCGCUGCGGGAGCUGCUGGGGCUGCAGGGGGCGGCCCCCGCCGGCUGGCUGGCUGAGGAGCGCGCCGAGGAGCAGUGCCCGGCCGGGCCGAACGGGCCGGGCGGCGGCGGGCUGUGCCUGGAGCCCCACGAGCACGCGUGGAUCCUGGCGGCCGCCGAGGGCCGCCUGGAGGUGCUGUGGGAGCAGCUGGAAGCCGAGCCCGCCCUGUUGCUGCGCUGCGACCCGAUCACGGGCUACACGGUGCUGCACUGGUUGGCCAAGCACGGGUGCCACGAGGAGCUCAUCCUGGUGCACGACUUCGCCCAGCGCCGGGGGCUGCAGCUCGACGUGAGCGCCUCGGGCAGCGGCGGCCUCACGCCCCUCCACCUGGCCGCCCUGCAGGGCCACGACAUGGUCAUCAAGGUGCUGGUGGGCGCCUUAGGGGCUGACCCCUCGCGCCGCGACUACAGCGGCCACCGGGCCUGUCACUACCUGCGGCCCGACGCGCCCCAGAGCCUGCGGGAGCUGUCGGGGGCCGAGGACUGGGAGACGGCGGGCGGCUGCGAGCGGAUCAACGCCAACAACAACAGCAGCGGCGCCGCCGCCCGGGCGCUGCGACAGACCCCGAGCUCGGUGGGCACGACCUCCGUGGAGGCCCCGGCGAGAGCGGGGGCGUCGCCCGGCAAGGAGAAGAGCUACACCGGCAGCCGGGUGGCGCAAAUUCAGGGCCUCCUCCGCCAGAUGUUCCCCUUCUUCCAGGACCGUUGAGGGCGACAGAGACUGGAGAGCGCGGACGGAUCGCGACGCUGCGGUCGAGGCCUCGGUCUCGGGU